GCUGGGGCUGAAAGCUGCUGCACUUCAGGAGUCAGUUCUGCUCUUUCUGUUUGGUCUGCACAGCCCUGGUGCACAGUGAGUGCGUCAUGGGUGGGUCUGUCGUGCUCAUUCACACACAAGGGGGGUGGGUUUCCGUGGGCCAGGAGUUUUGUGCCAUAACACCACAAUUCCAAAUGUAGCCUUUCCUUAAAGAACUGAGAACCAGGCUCUGGUGUCCUGGAAAACAGCUGCCAAGAUCUGACUUCUCCAGCUGAGCUUUAACGUGUGCAGUUGUUGGAGCUGGCUGUCCUUUGAUGUGUGCAGCUGUGCCCAGAUGGGAUCGCUCUCUCUCCAGCAGCUUCCCGAGCCAUUCACUCAAGUGACGGCGUCUCCGGGCUCUGCCAGCCAGGACUCCCGAGCCAUCAUGGAGGAUACUACUUUGCAAAUCAUUGAACCACCAACUGCUUCCGAGGCCUCUGAGGAGCAAGCACCUGAGGAACCCAUCAAAUCUGACCAGAUCAACGGUGUGAUGGUGCUGACCCUUUUGGACAAGAUCAUUGGAGCAGUGGAUCAGAUCCAGCUGACCCAAACACAGCUGGAGGAGAGACAGCAAGAGAUGGACAGCGCAGUGACCAGCAUCCAGGGGGAGUUAACCAAGCUGACCAAGGCACACACCACCACCAGCAACACCGUCAACAAGAUGCUGGAGAAGGUGCGCAAGGUGAGCGUCAACGUGAAGACCGUGCGGCAGAACCUGGAGAAGCAAGCGGGGCAGAUCAAGAAGCUGGAGGCCAAUGAGGCUGAGCUGCUGAAACGCAGGAACUUCAAAGUCAUGAUCUACCAGGAUGAAGUGAAGCUCCCGUCUAAACUGAGCAUCAGCAAGUCUCUGAAGGAGGGUGAAAAGCUAGAGAAGGAAGGUGAGGGUGAGGAGGUGCCUGUGGGUGAGGACCAUGCAGAGGAGGACCACAUCCAGCUCUCCUCAGAUGAAGAGGUGGAGAUUGAAGAGAUUAUUGAAGAGUCACGGGCAGAGCGCAUCAAAAGGAGUGGCAUGAAAAGAGUGGAUGACUUUAAGAAGGCAUUCUCAAAGGAGAAGAUGGAGAAGACUAAACUGAAGACCAAGGAAAAUCUGGAGAAGACCCGCCACAACUUGGAGAAGACCCGCCACAACCUGGAGAAGAGGAUGAACAAGCUGGGCACCAAGAUUGUGACUAAUGAAAGGAGAGAGAAGAUGAAGACCUCUCGGGACAAGCUGAGGAAGUCUUUCACCCCUGACCACACCAUCUAUGCCAGGUCCAAGACAGCCGUCUACAAGGUGCCACCCUUCACUUUCCAUGUCAAGAAAAUAAGAGAGGGUGAGGUGGAAGUGAAAGCCACGGAGCUGGUGGAGGUUGGUGGAGAGGAGGGAGAAAACUCGGAUCUGAUGCGUGGGGAGAGCCCCGAGAUGCACACGCUGCUGGAGAUCACGGAGGAGUCGGACGCGGUGCUGGUGGACAAGAGUGACAGCGAGUAGGACGGGCUGCAGCGCCACGGGCUGCCGGGGAGGCUGAGCACAUCACCCUUCACCUGCGCAUCUCUCUCUGCCCCGUGCCCCAGGGGAAUGCACACAAUGCAUCUUUACUGCCCUGCAGAGCCAACGCCAACCCCCUGCCUGCUUGGACAAGGUGUAUUUUAUAUGUUAGUUUUAGCACACAGAAACGUUAGGAACACGGGACUGUUUUUCUUACACUGUUAAUCACCCUUGGAGACCAUUCCUGCUGCAGGCUGCGUGGGAGCCUUCCAGCUCCAGACCUGGAGACAGGCUUUGAGUGUGGGGGACCCGGCCCAGCUGGAGAGUGCCAGACCUGAGGGAGUGGACCUGGGAAGCUCAAGUGUGUCAAGUGUCCUCCGAGGGCAGAGACCUGGUGUCAAGGCAGCUGCCGAGCACCCCCGCGGCUCCUGGGGGCAGGAAGACUCACGGGGCCGUUCCCAGGGACCGGAGGGACCGUCACAGCCCGGCGUGCGGGAGGGAAGAGCUGAGCGGGUCCUGCUGGGGGCAGAGCACGAGUGAAGCCGAGCCAGCCGCCGGGCACCCCGGCAGGCCUGCCCCCCUCUUCCCUCCUGAGGGCUGGGAUAGAUCCCGGUGCCUCCAACAGCCUCUCUCCAGAGCCGCCGGCCCGCGCGGCCCCGCGGGAUGCGCUGAUGCCACGUGCGGCUCCGCCGUGACGCCGCUGCAGCCCCGGACACCGCCUGCCCCGGGUCCUGCCGCGGUCAGGCCCGUCCCCGCGCCCUGCGCUUUCCUCCCCGUUUCCCGCAGCUCCUCCCCGAGCCCUACCCGGUGGGGCGGGGGGAUGUGGGGUGCCCCGGGGAGGCAGAUCCCGGUGGGGCAGCGAGGGGGGCCCGAUCCUGCUCGCCCCCGUCUCUUGCCGGGCUCAGCAGCUGCUUUCCCGCCCCCGCAGCUGGGAGGGCUGCCCCUGCUCACAUAACCCGAUAUAUAAACGUGCUUUUUCUCUAAGAAAUAUUUUCUUUCUUACUGUCUAGAGCAUCCAGCCUGUCCCCGGCCCCGGCUCCGUCCCGGGACCCGUGUGGGUGCCCGGGAGGUGCCUCCCCGAGGGCAGGAGCCCCCGGCCCGUGCCGCGGCCCGGCGGGCAGCGCAGCUAAUAAAGUCUCUUUUCUAAA